CGAUAUUUGCUGUUUGGCACAGAGAGGCGAGAAGAGAGACAGAAAGCAAAAUAUUUCGGUUGUUUUGUAGCAGUCUACAGAAAGCGCAGGUUAUAGCUCACAGUUGGUGUUGUUGUCUGAGUGUUCUUACGUCCAAGCUUGCUUCAUGACAGACGUGAUUUGUUAACUGGACGUAAAGCGACAUUUAAAAAGUACGCGGCCACAGAAUCCUAAUUGUAUGUCUAAGGUGCUAACUGUUAGCUGACAGGCUAGCUAGCAUAGCCAUUGAAGCGAUGGCGUUGAAAAGAAUCCAGAAGGAACUGUCAGACCUGCAGAGGGACCCCCCCGCCCAGUGCUCAGCUGGACCAGUUGGAGAUGAUUUGUUCCAUUGGCAGGCAACAAUAAUGGGUCCAAGUGACAGCCCAUAUCAGAGUGGAGUGUUUUUCCUCACCAUUCAUUUUCCGACAGAUUAUCCCUUCAAACCACCGAAAGUUGCAUUCACAACAAAAAUUUACCACCCAAAUAUCAACAGCAAUGGAAGUAUUUGUCUGGACAUACUGAGGUCACAGUGGUCACCUGCACUUACAGUGUCGAAAGUAUUAUUGUCUAUCUGCUCUCUUCUUUGUGAUCCAAAUCCGGAUGACCCUCUGGUCCCAGAGAUUGCCCACACAUACAAAGCUGACAGAGAAAAGUACAACAAGUUAGCAAGAGAAUGGACACAGAAGUAUGCAAUGUGAGAACACCAGGGGGAUGAAAUGCAAAUGAGAACAAAAGAACCACAAAGGAUUUGUAACUUGAGGCAAAUGAGCGACUGAAGAGAAAACAAAAAAACAAAACAAACAACAACCCAUGUUUUCAAAAGGAAGUGCUACAUUGAGGUACAGUGCCACUUGGCUUUCUGUGUGCUGAGCUGCUACCAUUCGCUGUCCCUCACGGCUUGUAUGGAUCUGCAGAGCAGGACCUGAUGGACUUCUUAAAGUGCUCCCAUAUGGAUUACUGGAAUUUCUUUACAGCUUCUGAUGUCACACCGAGACUAAACCAUUAUCCCAGCUAUCGCUAUCAUCGUUGCUAUUCGUACACUUUAUUUUCACUUUAUUGUUUUCAUUUUCAAUGAGUUGAUUGUGUUGCAAAGACGCUAAAUGUUUAGUUGGAGACUUGCUCUCCCUUCAUUUCAGAGGUACGGUCUGUGCCCCACUGGAUGUUUUGUCAUUACUGUACUUCAUGUAUUUAGUGGCCUUUCUGUGUGACAUUUGUAGUACGUGUGCAAUUCAGGCAGCAUGUUCCCUGAUGAAAACAAAAAUGGCGCAGUGCCAUCACCAGCAGAUUAUCUGUUGGCGUGAACUGUCUCUACCCCGAAACAAUGUGAACUGCUUCAACAAAACAAAACAUACGUCUCUGUUGUCCACUGUAUGUGAAAUCCAAGCAGUGCUAUUACGGUUUGGAAGACACCGGAGAGCAGCUGUUUGGACUCUCUGGUUGACAAACUCCAUUUGGUGAAUGUUCAUUUCCUUCCCCACAUGCUGUCAUUGGCCUUCCUUACUUUAUUAACAACCAUCAGUCACUCGUGUAUCUAUAGUGCACAAAAUACUACUGUCAUUUAUUUGUGUUGAUGUAGCUAUAAACACAGCUACUUCUUGUCAUAAAGUGUAGCUGUGUGCCAUCUCCUCAGUGCAGUUUCUCAGGUACCCAACCACAUUAUUAAUCCACGGUGAGAAAAAUGACCAGGCCGAACAUCAUCUCUUUGAAUAUAGUUUUUAUUUCUGUUCAGCUAAAAACAUAAAACGUAGUUCUCUGAAGAGACCACGUGUUGAGUAUAAGUACAUGCUGUAAAAGUACUCGUUGUUUUUAAUCUCUUAAGUCUUCUUUAUUCUUUUUCCUGAACUCUGUGAUUUUAAAACCUUAAAAGUUGAGAUUUACACGCUGUCAUUUUCCUGUAGUGAAAUGGCUUUUGUCUUCAGGUGUCUCUUGUACUGAAAACCAGAACUUGAACAGAACAGACAUUUAGCAAAAACCCGUAUUAUUUUUAAGUCGUGAGCAUAAAACUUGCCAUGAUAGUUUUAACUUGCUUUAAAUAAGUGAUUUGAAACUUUGCAUUAUUUUAUGUUUAGUAGGUCUGCAAACUUUGAUUUUAUUUUGGAAUUAUUAACACUGACAGUAAAACAUUUUUUGUCUGAGUGGCACAUUUGUGACUUGUGUAAUUUUUGAAAACUUUAGUUUUAGACUAUUACUCCUUUUAUUUGUGCAACAAAUUGAAUAUGAUUGUAAUAUUACAUAACGUCAUACCUAAUAUUUCAUUGUGACUACAGGAAAAGGUAAAUGGGGGUGCUUUGUAACGUCUCGCUGUGCUGAUGAUGCCAAUGUGUAGGGAAAAGCUGCAGAAGAUAAGCGGAACAAAAUUCUAAUAGUGAGGCAUUAUUGAACUGAAUAAUCUGCAUGAUGGGUUUAAAGAGCUUUAGCCUCAACUCUGAUAGAUUUUUAUCUUUUAAGUUGUAUUACAGUAAAUCAGACCCUGUGUUCAUUAUUGUUUCUUCAAUAUGUUUGCACUUCUUCCAGCUCUGACUGAGUGCAGCCUCGAUCGUUUGAUACAACAGUAACAUCCCCUGUUCGGUGUGCUCAGAGUUUAUUUAGGCAGCUUGGCAUGCUUUACACUCUGGAGAACCUUCUCACAGCCAUUUCCAGAUAUCAGGGAUUUCAUCACAAUUCAUCUGCCUAACACCUCACACUAAAAUUCUAGCCUUAACCCUCGUUUUGUAUAGAGGAUGUGUCACUGAGUGUAACUUUGCUGUCAUGACGGUAACCCCAAAUUGGGUUGUUCAUUUCAUUAAUAGACAUGGAAACCUGCUUCAACAGCACCGAUGUAUUUGGCUUUGAUGGAACGAAGAACCAGCACUUCAUGCAUCCUAAAAAUGUGGAGUAAAUGUGCUUCAUCUGCCAUCGUGAUCCUAAACAAGACAAAUAAUGACCUUGUUAUAACGAGAAUAAAGCUCAUCUUGGUUUA